AUGCGUCGCGCACUGUUUUGUCCAGCAGCCACCGUGGCGGCCACUAUUCGCUUUUACACCACCCGUUUCUUCACGGAUAGCCACGAAUGGGUAGAGCAUGGCGACGGCAUUGCGACCAUUGGUAUAACGGCGCAUGCGCAGGAGAACCUUGGUGACGUUGUUUACGUCGCAUUGCCAAAUGUUGGUGAUAAAAUAACAGAGCGAGAUAUGCUGGGAGAGGUGGAGAGUGUGAAGGCUACAAGCAAUGUUUACUGUCCUGUCACCGGUGUCGUGCAUGCGGUUAACGAGAAAGUAAAGGAUGAGCCGUCGCUGAUUAAUCGCUCCGCGGAGGCCGAUGGCUGGCUUGUCAAGGUUAAGUGUGACGAGAUACCAAAGGGGCUUAUGACUGCCGAUGAAUACAACAAAUUUAUAGAAUAG